AUGAUUGGGCCAAAUCUGCAGAAGGAUCUUUUCGAUAUUCUUCUGCGAUUCAGAGCACAUGAAUUCGUUUUAACCGCCGACAUUGCGGCCAUGUUUCAACAGAUCCUUCACCAGCGCCGUACUUGGCCAUUCGCUGUCUACGUCAACUUGCUAGUUGUAGCAGCCGAGGAUGCGGAAUUCCCGCAGGCAGCAGAAGCACUCAAUCGAGACUUCUAUAUGGACGACGUGCUCACGGGUACGGACACAAUUGAGAAAGCAAUCGCAUUGCGACAGAUAUUACAGCGAGGCCAGUUCAAUCUAAGAAAAUGGCGCUCGAACGACGACAAGAUUUUAGAAAGCAUAUCGCAAAACAGAGAAGUGGACCCUCUUUUGACAAUCGACCAAGAAGGAGCAUUAAAGACGUUAGGCAUUCUAUGGGAUGCUAAAUUUGACGUUUUGAAAUAUAAAGUAUUCAUCGAUGAAUCACCGAGAAGAACAAAGAGAGUGGUGUUGUCUACAAUAGCACAGAUUUUCGACCCGCCAGGCCUCUUGGCACCAGUACUCGUCAAUGCAAAGAGCAUAAUGCAGCGGAUGUGGCAAUUGCCAAUAGGAUGGGACGAAAGUCUGCCGCAGGAUCUACAAGCAAGUUGGGAACAAUACUACGGGUCGUUCUCAAAAAUCAAUGACAUGCACAUUUCGAGAAACAUAAAUCCGAAAAAUUACGAGGUAAGAUUCGACCUCAUCGGAUUUAGCGACGCCUCUGAAAGGGCCUACGGUGCGUGCAUUUAUGCGGUCUCGAGAGACUCGCAGGGUAUAAUGAAUUCACACCUAAUCAGCUCCAAGAGUCAGGUGGCACUGCUCAAAACUAUAUCGCUACCGAAGCUCGAGCUGAACGCGGCACUCUUACUUGCUAAACUGUGCAACACAGCGAAAGCAGCCUUCGGCGACAAAAUCCGGAACAUAGCCCUCUGGAGCGACUCAACAAUUGUAUUGAGUUGGAUCGCAACCUCGCCGAACAUGUGCAAAACUUACGUUGCAAAUCGUGUAACGCAGAUUCAAGAUUUAACCCGCGAAGCAUCGUGGUUGCAUGUCCCGUCGCAGGACAAUCCCGCGGAUCUGAUAUCCAGAGGAAUGUCGGUCGAAGAAUGGAUGCAAAGCAAGCAAUGGUGGCACGGACCAGCGUGGCUGACCACAGGAGAAUGGCCUAAGCGAAGGGAAAUCGACAUGGACACUUCGGAGAUGAAAGUAGCAGCGGUACUCGCCGUAACGAGAAUGACAUGCGAUGCCCUGAAGGACUUCUCUUCAUUCGAUAAAAUGCAACGGCAAGUACCAAAAGGUAGCAAACUCGCACCACUCAGCCCUUAUCUCGAUGACGACGGAGUUAUCAGAGUAGGUGGGAGACUGUCUAGAGCAAAUAUUUCGGAAACAAAGAAGCACCCAAUCAUCCUGCCGGACAGACAUCACGUGACAAAGAUUUUAUUAAAAAGAGAGCAUCAACGUUUGCUUCAUUGCGGAUCCGAGCAAUUGUUGCAUUCGAUUAGACAACGAUAUUGGGUUCUCAACGGCCGUCGAGAAUCUCAGAAAGUGACAAGAAGUUGGGUCGAAUGUUAUCGUCGCAAUCCAAAAUCGCUAGAAGUAACAAUGGGUGAUUUGCCACAAGAGCGCGUUCGAGGUUCACUGAAGCCCUUCACGAAUAAUGCCGUCGCUAUCCAUGCGCUUGCUCCUGGAUUACUUCGUUGA